AUUUCUUCUAUUGUUGCAAAGCAAUCUCCUCUUUGCUUUCUCUUCCUUUCGUUCUUCUUUUCCUUCAUCGAAACCAGAACUGCAAAAUCCAUAACCGUGAACACGAAAAAUUGUAAUAAAAAGAAGGAAUAAUCUCUCUCAUCUCGAAUCGAAACUCCAAAUCAAAAUCAUACCGGAAAAACAUUAAAGACAAUCAUUAAAACCACCACCAACACCGAAAACCCUAGAUCACAAAAAAAAGGGAGAAAGAUAUAAACGGUUUGAGAGAGAGAGAGAGAGAGAGAGAGAAAGAGAACCCUAAACGACAACAUGUCUGAUGCGUUUUGCUCCGACUGCAAGCGGCAGACGGAGGUGGUUUUCGACCACUCCGCUGGCGACACCGUCUGCUCCGAGUGCGGUCUCGUGCUCGAGUCCCACUCCAUUGACGAGACCUCGGAGUGGAGGACCUUUGCUAACGAGUCCGGGGAUAACGAUCCGGUUCGUGUCGGCGGGCCCACUAAUCCGCUCCUUGCCGACGGUGGCCUUAGCACUGUCAUCGCCAAGCCCAACGGCGCCAGCGGCGAGUUGUUCUCGUCCUCCCUUGGCCGCUGGCAGAACCGUGGCUCUAAUCCUGAUCGCGGUCUCAUCCUCGCUUUCAAGACAAUCGCCACUAUGUCCGAUAGGUUGGGACUCGUCGCAACCAUCAAGGAUCGAGCUAAUGAGAUAUACAAGCGGGUUGAAGAUCAGAAGUCUAGUAGAGGAAGAAAUCAGGAUGCAUUAUUGGCUGCUUGCCUCUACAUUGCUUGUAGACAGGAGGACAAGCCACGCACUGUAAAGGAAAUUUGCUCUGUUGCCAAUGGAGCGUCAAAGAAGGAAAUUGGCCGAGCAAAAGAAUACAUAGUGAAACAACUGGGUUUGGAGAAAGGUCAAUCUGUGGAGAUGGGAACAAUACAUGCUGGUGACUUUAUGAGGCGAUUUUGUUCUAAUCUUGGUAUGAAUAAUCAAGCUGUCAAAGCUGCUCAAGAAGCUGUUCAGAGAUCAGAAGAGUUUGAUAUACGGCGGAGUCCCAUAUCAAUUGCUGCAGCAGUGAUAUACAUCAUAACUCAGCUGUCAGAUGAUAAAAAAGCUCUCAAAGAAAUAUCAUUAGCCACAGGAGUUGCAGAAGGAACCAUUAGGAACUCGUACAAGGAUCUUUAUCCUCAUGUUUCAAAAAUAAUACCAAACUGGUAUGCAAAGGAGGAAGAUUUGAAGAACCUUUGCAGCCCUUGAAAUGUAGAGCAGAAGAGAGCAUAGCGGCCAUAUUUACAAUUACAUCUUAGAUGCCAUGGAGGAGCAUUAUGUUUUGGAUGUACUGGACUCUUUUAUUUUAUACUUUACUUUGCAAAGAAAGCGCCUUAUCUUAUUUUUUAACCACUCUACUUGCUAUUAACUCAACCGUUCAUUUUGGUUCACCCUCCCUAUUUGAUGAUUAAUUCCCGGGGAAGGAGGGGCCAUUGAUAUAAAAAGUUGCUUGACCUUGAAAGAGUUCAAAUUUCACGCCUUUCUUCUUACCCCUUUUAUUGAAUUGGCUAUUUGUAUUUGUAGCUUUGUAGAUUACUAUGUAGGCAAAGUAUUUGAUGACUCUCUCAGAGAGUUCCAUUCGAUGGAGCUGCUUCAAGUAUUUAUAAUAUAGUCCAGUUCAUUAUGGUGUAUUUGCUACCCAAAUACUUUAACACCAAUUUAAUAAUCACACUCCAAAAACACCUAAAACAGCACUGCGCAAACAGCAACUCUGCACUUCUUCGGAGGAUGUUAAUGCUCUGUUCUAGGUUGAAUGCUUCAAUGGUAUUGCUGCUUACUUGUUUAUCUACUGAAAGAGAAGGAACCAGAAGCCUCCUAUUGUCUCCUAACUCUGCUGCUGUGCUUAUCCCAAGCGGGUAUCCCAUGCUACCGUCGCACUGGAGUUCGAGGUGGCAGUGUUACAGUCCAGUUGGGGGAGAGCCUGCGAUUAUGUGCGCGCGCCUUCGCGCGGUGCCCAGGUGAAGCUGCAACUAGGGCGGUUAUAAUGAGUGAAAGCAUUAUGUUUAACACCAAGGUUUAUACCCAAAAGCCAAAAUCAAGUCCUAAUCGCAUGUUAUUGGCAUAAAGAGUUCUAAUUGCUUGAUUUCAUUAAUUAAAUCGUUAUUAGUCUGAGUUACUCUGAGCUCUCCGUUUUGGAUGUUGAGUUUGGGGUUAGUUAGAGAGUGGUUAAAUUAGUUUUGAAGUGCUUGAGGUUGUUUCCCAAAUAUAAUUACUCGGUUACUCAUAAGCAAAUACAAUAAAAUGAGUUGGGACUAUAUUGUAAAUAUUUUAGAGAAUCCCAUCAAAUACUUUGCCAACUAUGUAAGAUUUCUUUGCGAUUCUGUAAAAGUGGGUAUCUGGGGAUAUUCAAAAAUGUGACAAAACUGCAAAAGUUUUCUUGUGGGAAUGGAGUGGGCUGGGAAUGAGGAUAAAGAUCUUUCUACAGAGAACUGGUGGGGAUUACAUUCUUAUUCAGUGGGACUUCUGUUUCGAAAAUAAUUUUAUGUAUAUUAAUUAAAUUAAUUUAACAGGAGAUUUUAUUUUUGUUGAAUUAUUA